CAAUCAAUCUGUAUCCAGUUCUCAACAAUCCAUAAGCUUCCCAAGUCUUUGAACAUUCAAAAAACCAGCUAUCUCUGAAACAAUCCAGUUUGGAAAAGAAGCAGAUGGCAGCCAUGGCAACCUCAACUACUAUAGCUGGCUUUUCUAAAUCUCCUCUUUCCCUCCCGUCCCGUUCUUCAAAGCCAUCUCUCACAUCAGGCUUCGUAAGGCCUCAAGUUGCUAUUAAGAAUCCUUUGAGCCAGAAACUGGCUUCAGGUGGAAAGUUCACCUGUUUUGAGAGGAACUGGCUUCGCACAGAUCUGAAUGUCAUUGGAUUUGGCUUGGUUGGCUGGCUUGUGCCGUCGAGUAUUCCGGUGAUCAACGGAAACAGCCUCACAGGACUAUUCUUCCAAAGCAUUGGAGAUGAACUUGCUCACUGGCCUAGUGGACCUGCUCUCACUUCUCAGUUCUGGCUGUGGUUAGUCACAUGGCAUCUUGGGUUGUUCCUUUGCCUCACAUUUGGUCAGAUUGGUUUCAAGGGAAGGACUGAGGAAUACUUCUAAGAAGCUCAUAGAAUUUCUUGUAAUGUUCUUGUUUAUAACUGAAUUAUGUUAUGCUGCUUUCCUUUAAUGCAUUGCCUUAUCAAUGUUUUUGGUAAUUUUAUGACUUAGUAAGGAGGGACAAAUAUCAGUAAUAAAAUUUGUCAUAGACCACCAUAGUUUUGAUUGUUGAAACCUUAAAAUAGAGAAUAAUUGGUGCAGAA